AUGGUUAGGGCAUUAGUUGAAGAAAAAAUCAGAUCUGCACUUUCACCAACAAUUCUCAAACUAGUGGACAAAUCAGGAGGAUGUGGAGCAGCUUUUGAUGCUGUAAUAGUUUCUAGUUUAUUUGAGGGUAAAAGCCUAUUGGAUCGACAUAGGUUGGUGAACUCAGCCUUAUCAGAGGAAAUGGAAAAAAUCCACGCAUUCAGCAUGAAAUGUCACACCCCUAAAGAAUGGGAAGAAAAAAACAAAAAUGAUUGA